AUGACAUUUGAGAUGCCUUUUAAGAUCCCUGAAGAUAAUGCAUUGUUUGAAAACUAUCGAAAAAUUGUAAUUACGUAUCAAAAAUUUAUUGAUGAAUCAGUUCCUUAUACGACUAAUAGAUGGAUUGGAUUUGGAAUUUUAACAUUUUUAUUUAUGACUCGUAUUUUUUUAUCACAAGGUUGGUACAUCAUAUGUUAUGGAUUAGGAAUUUAUUUAUUAAAUUUAUUUUUAGCAUUUUUAACACCUAAAUUUGAUCCUUCGCUUGAACAAGAACUAAAAAAUGAAUCAAUAGAGGAAGGUUUUGAUAGUGAACAACAACAACAGCAACAACAACAAUUUUCUAACGAUAAUGAAGAAGAGUUUAGACCAUUUAUUAGAAGAUUACCAGAGUUUAAAUUUUGGUAUAAUGCAACUAGAGCCACUUUCAUAAGUUUAAUUUUGACAUUUUUCAGUAUUUUUGACAUUCCAGUAUUUUGGCCCAUCCUUUUAAUGUAUUUUAUUAUUUUGUUCGCAUUAACUAUGAGAAGACAAAUACAGCAUAUGGUAAAGUAUAAAUAUCUUCCAUUUGAUUUUGGCAAAACAAAGUAUAGAAAAUAG